GCUAACCAAGUGAUUCACAGUGGAAAGUUUAAAGAGCAGAGUGGGAGCUGUUGAGCGCUUUAAGAUGCCUGGCAGGACAGCUGUGUCACAGACAAAAGAAGAAAAGCCGGUUUUCCUGGAUAUAGCAACUGCUAGCACUGGAAGUCACUGAACCUGCAUGCCCAGGUCUGUUUGGCCACGGGAUGGACCCAGCAGAGGAGCUCCCGAAGCAGCAGGGGGAUUUCCUGGAUGAGACAGGGCAGAAGCCAGGACCUGACGAUGUGGAUGCCCCGGCGCAGCCUGAGGCCAGUGGGGAGGGGCAGCACCAGUGCCCCGCUCUCCUGUGGGACACCCUAGCCAAGCAGUUUCUGGAGUACGAGCAGGCGUCUCCUUAUCUCAUCCCAGAAGAGCAGCAGAGGAGGCUGCUGGGCUUCCUUCCCCUCUUCCUAAAGGCCUGGGAAGAGUCUGCUGGGAUAGUCUCUUUCCCGAACAUUCAAUUUUUAGCAAGUGAGGUUUCCAAACUUCUGACCAAAGAAAUCAAGAAGAAGCUAAACGGCAAACCUGCAGAGGAUGCUCGGCUGGCCGUGGGGCAGUUGCUGCAGCUGAAAGGGGAAGAGGAAGAUGGCUGCGUGCUUCUGAGAUCGGUGUACCUCCUCUCACAGACUGACUCGGGGACACUGUGGAACAUCAUCAAAUCCGGCCUUCCGGUCGCUCUGAUGCAGUGCCUGUACCUUUUCUUCACCUUUCCUUUGGGGAAAAGCAGUGAUGGAGGGACAAGGGAGGAGGAUGAGCAAGUUCAGGAGAUGUUUGUUCAGACAAUGCUCAACUUAUACAGAGAGGAACAAGGUUUAGAGGAACUUCUGUCAGCUGCCGAGCUUCAGUCUCUAAUUAUAGCGACGGCCUCACUCUGGGACCAGUGCAACCUUUCGUGGAAAGCACCCACAGGCCGUGUACUUCGGACAAUUUCAAAGGCCCAGACCAAAACUGCCAUCAUGUACCUACAAGCUGCGGACUGCAUUAAGAUAGCCAUUCAGAAUCUAUUCAAGUUGGCUGACACCUUGCCGGCUUCUGACAUGUGUGAGGCAGUUAGCAUCAUCCUGUGUUUUGUGAAGGAUUCCUAUCCUAUCUCCUCAGCUUUGCUUUUGGAGUUUGAAAAUAAUGAUGGAUACCAGCUCCUGGUAAAAAUUUUACUUAGGUGGGAGGGAUCUCCGCACAGUGAAGGAGACCACCAUGUCGAAGAGGUGCUGGAUCUACUGACUUGCCUCACAGUCUGUGGGAAAACUGAACUGAAAGUUUCUGGCAACAUUACACAUCCUCAGCUACCGCACUUUGAUUUUGAACAGACACAAUCCUCUGGAAUGACAGUGAAAAACCUCCAGGCUUUUCAGGUGUUGCAGUCCAUCUUCCAGAAAACCAGCGACCUGCACCUCUGUAGGAGAAUCUUACUGGCUAUAAAAACCCUGUGGGCCUGGGACACAAUGAACUUCUUCUUCCUGGAAUGGACGCUACAGCCCAUCUCCCAGUUCACUGACAUCAUCCCCCUCAAACCGCACCUGGUUCAGAUACAGUUCUUCCAGCUGGUGGAAUCAGUGGUGCUAGAACUGUCCUACAUCCCCCAUGAAAUCCUGAAGAAGGUUGAAUGUUUGAUAAAGGAGAACUUGGUGCUGUCCUGCACCAUAGUUGCUCUGCGGUGCCUUCACAGCAUCACCAAGAGGGACUUGCUCUUCACUGACAUAUUCAGAGACUCUGGGCUCUUGGGCCAGCUGCUGACUCAGCUGAGGAAGCAAGCCAAGAUCCUGAGGAAGACAGCCGGGACCCAAGCACCCUGUCUGGAGCAAGGCACCGAGAAAGAGCUAACCUGUGUGAUGCUGAAGAUGGUUGCUGCCCUUGUCCUGGGAUCUGUGAGGAACGCUGUUGUUAUAAAAGAUUAUGGGAUGGUACCGUACAUCAAGAUAUUUCUGGAUGAUGAGUGCUAUCGAAGUGACACCCUCUGUAUCUUGGAGCAGCUAUCAGUCAUCAACACCGAAGAGUACAUGAGCAUAAUUAUUGGGGCCCUCUGCUCUUCCACUCAAGGGGAGCUGUACCUGAAACUGGACCUGCUGAAGUCUCUCCUGAGGAUCCUGGAGAACCCCAAGUGCCAUUCGGCUUUCAGAACAUGCAGUGGAUUCAAUGGACUCCUGUCCCUUCUCUCUGACAUGGAAGGUGCGUUACAGGACCCGCCGUCAGGGGCGUGGGCAGCUACGGGGCACAGCCUCAUCCUGGAGCUUGUUUUGUACACGCUUCAGGGGAUAGCCGCUGCUCUGCACCUGGACCCCAUCAACAGUGACUUCUUCCAAAGGAAUGGUUUCUUUGAGAAGCUGGCGGAGGAUCUCGGCUCACUCGGCUGCUUCUGGACACAGGAGAGGCAGCAAGUCCCCGUGCAGCUUGAGAAAGGAAGGACGUUUGCAGAGUUCUUGAAUGCAGCCUUGUACUCGUCAGAACCUUUCCCAGCAUGGCUCAAGAGCUGCAUACGGAUUCUGAGUUUCCUUGACCAUAUGAUCAAAGGGACCCUGCAUCUGGACAGCUGCUUCCUGGAGAUCAAGCCUGCUGCAGAAGAACCACCAUGGGAUGUUCAGAAGGGACAACUAGAUCAACAGGAGGAGCAUGGUACUAGCUUCAAACCACUGGAGAAUAAAUUAGCUGCCUCCGACUACAGGGCAUGGGCAGACCCUGAAGACAGGUUGGAAGGGGGAAACUGUGCCAUUAUACAUCCAGGUGCUGUCUGUGUCAUGGUGAGGCUGCUUCCAAAGCUCUACAAGGAGGAACACCCUGAGCUUUCCCAGGAAAUCCAAUGCGCUGUGGCCGAUCACGUCCAGUCCUUGGUGAAAUCGGAGAAGAGCCGUCAGGUGAUGUGCGCAUCCGGCUUGCUGAGCACCAUCAUAACCUCCUGUCAACAUGCUCUGAACAAUGACAGCCACCCAUUGCACCUGCCUCUCAUCAGGAUUUUUGAGAAGCUCGCCUCACAAUCCAUUGAGCCAGAUGUAUUAAGGCAAUUCCUCUGGCUUGGGACCCCUCCGCCAAUCGUGACUGGGACGUGCAGAAACCCAGCUAAGACUACAUUGUGUCAAGAGACUAGUUUGUGUAAAGCAGCAGCUUGCAGUGAAGAUUCAGGAGCAGCCAUGCCGGACAAUCCUGUGGUUCCUCAGCUAGCCACGCAGACCACCAGUUCCCUAUGGGUGUCCAGGGGCUCUGCAAUAGCUCUCCAGACAUCUAUGAGUCUCAUCUCCAUGACGUCGCCGCGGAACUUCCAGCCACACAACACUUCCUUGGCACCGUCCUUCGUGGAGUUCGACAUGUCUCCUGAGGGAUACGGCUGUUUGUUCCUCCCCACACUCUCCACUGUGAUGGGCCCCAAUGUGGAACACUCCAUCUCAGGAGGGAUCGGAAUGGGUGCCAGACUGUUCCCACCCUCGGGCGGCCUGACUGUCUCCUCCUGGUUCCUGGUCAGCAGGUUCUGCUCUACCCGCGAUGCCCACCCCUUGCGCUUCCUCACCGUGGUGCGGCACAUGUCAAGGAUGGAGCAGGAGUUUGUCUGCUUUGCUGUCAGCUUCUCCCCCACAGACCACUCCUUGGUCAUCUCUACAGAGGAAGUGGAGUUCCAACCACUGGACAUCAUGGAACCUGAAGUGGAGGUCCCAAAUCACUCCUCAGCCCCAACUCAGAUUGAGUUCAGCUGCACCCAACAACUAGCCACGGGGCAGUGGCAUCACCUCACAGUGACGGUUGCUAAGGAAACGAAAAGGAACUGCAUUGUUUCGGCGUAUAUCAACGGACAGAUACUUGGCUCCGCUAAGAUGCAGUACAUACAGCCCUUACCCGGGAGCAGUAUUUCCAUGGAACCGUCAUCCUUCGUUGACAUCUAUGGCUACAUAGCUACCCCCCGCGUUUGGAAACAGAAGUCCUCCUUGGCUUGGCGCCUGGGCCCGACAUACUUGUUUGAAGAGUCGAUCUCUGGGGAAACUGUGGAGGUGAUUAACAAGCUUGGGCCCCGGUACUUCAGUAACUUCCAGGCAGUGCAGCUUCCAGCUAAUGAUGACUCCAAAGAGCCUCAGCUCACAGCCUUGAUUGCAGAGGAGAGAAUUUCAUUUGGGAUCAACGCCAUUUGCUCAUCCACCACCACCAUCCAAGACAUAAAGAGCUGCUACAACGAAGUGGACGGUCGGCUGAUCGCCAAAGAGAUGGGGAUCACCUCUCGUGAUAGUUCAACACCAGUUUUCCUGGCUAGAAACAUUGCUGGACACCUCUCUGGUCCCUUACGAACUAUUGGAUCGGUGGCUGUGGGCCAAUUUGGGGUACGAGUGUUCCAGUCUUGCCCAGCAGCCAACAGCCUGAACUUUAUUGGGGGCCCAGCCAUUCUGCUAGGCCUCAUUGCCAUGGCCCAGGAUGACCAUGCAAUGUAUGCUGCAGUCAAAGUCCUGAACUCCGUCCUGAACCGCAGCCCCAUGAGUGAGAAGCUGAUGAGCCACAUUGGCGGAUACCAGCUCCUGGCGUACCUACUAAAGAGGAAGACAAAACUGCUAAACAACAGGAUUUUACAGCUGGUGCUCUCCAUAGCAGGCACGGCAGAGCUGGGCUUGGAAUCCUCGACUAUAAAGAACUAUGGUGCAUUCCAAUAUGUUCUCAGUAACUUUGAGCUUUGGUCAAAUGCACCAGAAAAUCUCGACCUUGCCCUGUUUUCACAUCUUGUGGAGAUCCUGCAGCCCUCAAGAGAUGGAUGUCGGAAUGCCAAAGUCGCCUACCAGAUGCAAAUGGUGCCCAAACUAGUUUUCCUCCUCAACGACGUCGAGAUCAGCUGCUCACGAGUCACCACUAUCUGUACCAUCUUCUCCCACCUGCUGCAGGGCUAUUUCAACACCAAAGACAUUCUUAGGAUUGGAUUGUUCCUUGUUUACACUUUAAAGCCCUCUUCUGUGGAUGAAAGUCAGAUAUGCCUGGAUGGGAUCUCUGAUCUGCCAGGAGAAGCCUUAAGCCAAACAUCUGGGAAGACAAUCUGGCUCCGAAACCAGUUACUGAAGAUGCUGUUAGAUGUAAUGUGUUCAGACAAACUUCAUCUGUCCUCUGAGGCUCAAGAGGAGACAUUCCUGGCGCUGGGGCCUGACUGGUUCCUCUUGUUCACACAACGCCAUCUGCACCCAAGCACCGUCGUGAUGGGGGUCAAACUGCUGCUGCACUUCCUCCACAAUCCCACACUGCUGAGGAAGUUCAAGGAGGGGGUGGUGGCCGGGCGCUGGGUGUCAAACAGCUCCACAGGGCUGGAUAUUCUAAUGGACAAUUUGAAAAGUGGGCCUCUGAUGCCUAACCAUGACCCCUACCUGGUUUUCGGGCUCACGGUGCUGCAAGCAUGUCUGAUUAAUCACAUUCACCUCCCUGAGAUCUACCUGCUGGUCUCAGGGCUGUUCCUGGGCACCCCACAGUGUGAACCACCAGAAGCCUCCAAGGCAGAUCUGGACUCCAUGCUGCAGUGGCUCCUGCAGAACCACCAUACGGAGGACGUCCUUAAAGCUGGGCUGUGCACAGAGGCAGUGGCCCUGCUGCUGGAGAUGGUUAAGGCCACAGUGAACAAGCCCUUUGCAGGUACGGAGGGCUCCUGGGAGGUGGCCUAUCCUGGGAACAUCAUGCAGUUCCUGUGCCUGAUCUACCACAGCUACCCCCAGGACCCGGUGUGGCGCUGCUCAGACUUCCUGCAAACCUUAGCCACUGUCGUCUUCCAUGCGGGGGCGCCGCAGGGAGGCUGUGAAGGCCUGUUGCACCUCAACGGUCCAGCUGCCGCUGAAGCAAACAGCUGCCCCAACCCCCCGGCUGCCCCACUGCCCGAGCACCCUGCCAAGAAGCAAAUGUGGGACUUCCUGCGCAUCCUGCUGAUGGAGAGUCUGCUCAGCAUCCCGGCGCACAAACAGGGGCACCCGUUCGAGCUGCUUCUUGAGGCUUCUGUAGAAAACUCCACCAGCGAGCAGAAGAGACGUUUCCAGACAGAAGUCUUGCUUUCUACUAUGGAUAUCUUCCGCACCAUCAGCCAAGGGGGUGGGAAAACUGGCUCCUCCAGACCGAGAGGCAGCAGUGACCCUCAUGGCGGGGCGGAAGUGGCUGUGCCUGUGUUGGUGGUGAACGUUUCCUAUUUCACUCAGAAGCUGGUGGAGAACCUUUACAGUGGAAUGUUUGCUGCAGACCCUAAGCAAAUCCUGCUCUUUGUUGCCGAGCAGAUCAUGGUGGUCAUGGAGAACACCUUUUCCCAAAAGGAAACUGUCAUCAGCACCCUGUACAGCAGUUUAAACCGAGCCAUCCUGUAUUGUCUGUCCAGGCCGCAGCAAUCACUGCCUGAACAGCUGAGUCUCCUGAACACCCUGCACACCCUGCAGGAACAGUGGGACAUCAUCUUUGCAACUUACAACUCAAAUAUUAGUUUCACCAUCUGCCUUAUGCACUGUCUGUGUCAGCUGAGCUCUGGGAGCUAUCCAGAAGGGUUUGGAGUGGAUGCAAAACCAACACUGCCUUCCUAUCGCCAAAUUUUCCUGGCCCCGAGUGAAGAGGAGAAGGGGAGAGGGGACAGUCACCCUGCUCCAGGCGACGUUCAGCAAGAGAUUCUGAAAACAGUCAAAGUCAUCUGGAAGCAGCUCAUUUCCCAGAGGUGGCAGGUCCUGGAGGACACCUACAAGAUGGAUCUCUCUGUGAAGCCGGGAGACAGAGAGAAGGAAGUGAAGAUAGCGGAGAUCACUCCUCUGUGGGAAGAGAUGAUGACGAAGGCUUGGCAGCACUUCAUAGCAUCCGAGAAGAAGACUCUCCAAAGUAAAGCAAUGCCAGCCCAGUCCCACAGCAAGCCCAGUUCCUGGAGCGAAAGCUUGUCUUCGGCUAUGAGGUUGAUGCCUGGCAAGAAUGUAAAGGAAACAGUGUGCAAAUCUGAGGGCUUUGUGUCAUGUAUGGAAAAGUACAGAAGAAGUGGGCAGGAGCUGUACGCAUCUUUGUACAAAGAUCAUGUACAGAUGCUGCAGUGUGGUUACAGCAAGGCGGCGAAAGACUGGGCCACACUGGAGGAGCAGCUAUUCACCAGAGGGGGCCCGUGGAGAGCCGUAUCGGGGCUGUCAGCCCCAAGGUGGCGUCUCGAUGGAUACGAAGGGCCUGCACGGAUGCAGAAGAGGAUUCGGUGCGAGAGGGCCUAUGGGGCAGUGAUGCGAAUGAGGAGUGAGGUUCACCAAGCUACCCCAAUUCAAGAAGAAAAUCAAGAAGAGCUGAUGCUAAAUGGAGCAGAAAGGGAGAUGGAUGAGAGGGGAAUGGAUUGUAACCAGCUGACAUUCUUCCCUGCCCUACAUGAAAGUUUCCACUCAGAAGACUUCUUGGAACUGUGUGUGGAAAGACAAAUUAUCCUGCAGGAGUUUGCUGAGAGUGAAAAGGUUACAUUUAGAUACUCCGUGGUGAUUGUGCAAGGACACCUGGCAUCAGAAGGGGUGCUUCUCCUUGGCAAAGAGCACCUUUACAUCUGCGAGCACUUUGUCCUCUCCCAGUUUGAAGAGAUUUAUUGCACCAAGCACUGCUUGUCCAGCAUCACCGAUCCAUUUAUUUUCAGCUUAUGCCACAAAGAGCAGGGCAUGGGAGAUCAGGCAUGUUCCCGUUAUGCAUACAGUGACAUUAAAGAGAUACAUCUGAUGCGCUUUCUUCUACAGGAGAUCGCCUUGGAAAUAUUCUUCAAAAACGGCUAUUCCAAGUUUCUCGUCUUCCAUGACAGUGACAGGAAUAAAGCCUUUAAGAGAUUUUGUUCGUUGCAACCUGUUUUGAAGGCAAAAGGAAUAACUGAAGAGUCCCUGAAUAUAAGGAAGAACAUGGGAGGGGAAAAGACGAUGCUCCAGAAGUGGCAGAAGAGAGAGAUCAGUAACUUUGACUACCUGAUGUACCUGAACACGCUGGCCGGGCGCACAUACAAUGACUACAUGCAGUACCCCGUGUUCCCCUGGAUCUUGGCUGAUUACCACUCCCAGAUGCUGAACCUUGCUAGCCCCCAGACGUUCCGAGACCUUUCCAAGCCCAUGGGAGCUCAGACACUGGAAAGGAAACGCAAAUUUAUCCAGCGCUACCAUGAGGUGGAGAAGAGCGAAGGAGACCCGUCGGCCCAGUGUCACUAUUGCACCCACUACUCGUCGGCCAUCAUAAUAGCGUCAUACUUGGUCCGAAUGGAGCCAUUUACGCAGACCUUCUGCGCUCUUCAGGGGGGAAGUUUUGAUGUAGCAGACCGGAUGUUUCACAGUGUGAAGAACACGUGGGACUCGGCGUCGAGAGAGAACAUGAGUGAUGUCCGGGAGCUCAUCCCUGAGUUCUUCUACUUGCCUGAAUUCUUAACCAACUGCAAUCACUUUGAAUUUGGCAGUAUGCAGGACGGAACUGUGCUGGGGGAUGUGCAGCUGCCCCCCUGGGCAGAUGGAGACCCUUAUAAAUUUAUCCACUUGCAUAGACAGGCGCUGGAAAGUGACUACGUUAGUGCACAUCUCCAUCAAUGGAUAGAUCUCAUUUUUGGUCAUAAACAACAUGGCUCAGCUGCGGUGGAGGCAGUGAAUACCUUUCACCCUUACUUCUAUGGAGAUAAGGUGGACCUCAACAACACCAGCGAUCCUCUGAUUAAAAGCACCAUACUGGGAUUUGUCAGCAACUUUGGGCAGAUACCGAAACAGCUCUUCACUAAACCCCACCCAUCCAGGAAUGCCACGGGCAAAAAUGCAUCAGGGAAAGAGGCUGCGUCCUCUCUGCAUUCAGCUGGACAUGUGCCUCUGUUGCUCAGCAGUCUGCAAAAUCUGAAGUUCUCUCCUGUCACAAUCAAAGAGGCACCCAAGGGAGCCAUCGGACACAUCGUCCAUACCGAGAAAAUCAUUCUGGCCGUCGAGAGAAACAAAGUUUUGAUCCCCCCGCUCUGGAACAAAACCUUCUGCUGGGGAUUUGACGAUUUCACCUGCUGCCUUGGAAACUACGGAACUGACAAGAACACGAUGACACUCGAAUGCAUGGCAGAUUGGGGCAAGUGCCUCUGUGCUGUAUGUCCCACACCAACUACCGUCAUUACCUCUGGAACGAGCGCUGUCGUGUGUGUCUGGGAGCUUUCGCUGGUCAAGGACAAAGCGAGAUGCCUGAACUUGAGACAGGCUUUGUAUGGACACACUCAAGCCGUGACCUGCCUGGCCGCAUCUGUGACCUACAGCAUCCUUGUGAGCGGAUCCAGUGACAGAACCUGCAUCAUAUGGGACCUGAACCAGCUGACAUACAUCACCCAUCUCCCUGCCCAUAAGGCCAGUCUCUCUGCUAUUGCCAUCAACGAUUCAACGGGUGACAUUGCCUCUUGUGCCGGAUCCUAUUUACAUUUGUGGACCAUCAACGGCCAGCCUCUGGCAAGCAUCAGCACCGCCUGCGGCCUGGAAGAAGCCAUUGUUUGCUGCUGCUUUGCUGAAAUAAUGGAGUGGGACACAUGUAGCGUCAUCAUCACGGGGGGCACAGAUGGAAUUGUGAGGUUAUGGAAGACAGAAUAUGCAAAAGCCCCAGGCCAGGAUGUUGGAUCAAGAUCACAAAAGGCCACAACAGAAGAUCUGGAUAACAAAGGUAACAAGUGGGGGCAACAUCUGCUUCUCUGCCGGGAGUUGAACAUCAGCAUCGCCUUGACUGGGAAACCAGCUAAGAAUAAUCCCACAGUGACGGCUCUUGCGGUAACCAGGAAUUCUUCCAAGCUCCUAGUUGGUGAUGAGAGGGGGAGGAUAUACAGUUGGGCCGUGGAUGGGUAGGAAGAAACAACAAGGAGCUCUUGGUCUCCUCCAACCUUGUGUGGUGUCGAUGGAUGAAACGAAAAUUAUCCUUCCGAGUAUACAAGAUUUGGAAGAAAGAGUGGAGUGAAACAAAUCUCAAGAGAGUCAGCGGACUGUAGGGUCAAGCUGGGAGCAGAGGAGGAAUUUGACAUCCUCUGAUACAGCUCCACCCCAUUGUUAAAAGUAAUAAGGUACGAGGGUCCAGUCCUGCCCCUGCCGCGCAUACAACCCCCCUCACUGAUUUUGCCAGUGAGAAUCACUGCCAGUGGUAUAAUGCAGUGUGCUAUCUGCUGUGUCUCCUGUGAUGGGACUCAGUGUCCCAUCCUGCUCCCAGUGAAAUCAAUGGGAAUUUUACCACUCUUCAAUGGGAACAGAUCUGGGCUCUGAAUUGUGGGCCACUGUAUAGAAUACAGCAGGGAAAUGCUAUCGAAAUGUGUUUAAAACCGAUCCUCAUUGACACAUGCAUUUGAACUGCACAUGAAUUUCCUCUGUACAAAGUGGUUUUUGUGUUAAAUAAAAUCCAGCUGUUUAUU